AUGUUCACCCCGCCAAACCCGUCGUCCGACUCGUCAGGCUUGAGGCUCUCGCCCAAUCCCGCGGGGCAUCGUAGACGUCAACCUGCGCCUCGAAGCUCCUUGAGCAACUCGUUCAGCUUCGCGCCGAGUCUGGAUCAGAGUGGUGAUGGAUUGUAUGACACUGAAACAUCCUUCUUUUCCCGUCCCACCCAGCGUCCUACAGCUUUGACUAAUGGCAAUGGCCAUGCUGCUGCUGGACCAUCAUCGCCAUUCCUCUCUCCUGCGCAUCUCCGCUCGGCUAUCGCCCAGGGAAACGAGGGGAUCGUCCCGCUUUCGCCCCGGGCGAGGCCAAGUCCGAUCAGUCGCGCAAGCUCGGGAAGGACUGCAUUGCCUUAUGAUGCAGGCGCGGGGGGCGCGAAGCCGAAGAGUCGGCUGGCGGGGAUCGUCGGUGCGAAAAAUGGAGGGAGCGGAAGCGGUGCUGGUCAUGUCGAGGAAGAAGGAGAAGAAGACGAGUGUGAAGGGGAAGGGGACACGGCUGGCAAAUGGGGAUUGGUGGAUUCCAUGCGCCAGUGGAGACAGGAUGCUAUGCUGCAGCACCUGUAUGAGACGGCGGCUAUGUGGGGAGAUAAGAUCUUGAGCUGGACCGGCGACGCGAACGACGCCUUCUGGCUCGCCCAAGCCUACUUCCUCACGGGACACUAUCUCCGCGCCGAACGCCUCUUGACCGAUCCCCUUCCCGCACCUGCACUCCCUCGGAUAGACGGGAUCCUCUCCGCUAGCCAAGGCAGCUCUCAUACCAGCUGGAAAGGGAAGGGCAAGGAGGUAGUACGCAACGGUCAUGGGCAUACGGACGAGGGCGAGGGAGGGGAGGACGAGGAUAUGGGAAGGUUGAUCGAUGAGAGUUUGGCCUGUCGAUAUCUGGCUGCUCAGUGUUUGGUACACGAGGAGAAGUAUCAUGAUGCGCUGGAAUUAUUGGGCGAGACCAACCCGUUCAGAGAGCCAGAUAGCACUUCUCCAGCAUACACGCCUUAUGGUGGCGUCAAGCUCAAUUCGUCCAUGUGCUUCCUCCGUGGCCAGCUGCACCUCCGCCUCUCGUCCAUGCAGCUCGCCAAAGAGAGCCUGAUGGAGGCGCUUAUGAUCGACGUAAAGAACUAUGAUGCGUUCAGGGAGCUGGUAGAGGGCGGUAUGUUGUCGUCGAAGGAGGAAUGGGAGUUUGUCCAGAAUCUCUCGUACAGGAAACAUCUCUCUGAGGAGGAGGCGACGUUUGUCAAGCUCAUGUAUACGACCAAACUCAAGAAGGACGCACAUGUCGGCCAGAUCGUCCGAGCCAGAGAGAGGCUAGUGGCGGAGUAUGGUCUCUCGGAAAAUUGCGAUGUGUUGGUAGGAGAGGCGGACGAGUUGUAUGCGCGAUACAAGUGGGAAGAGUGCUAUGCUGUGACGACAAAAAUUCUCGCUAGGAUACCCAGUCAUCCCCUCGCCCUCCCUCUCCACCUAGCGUGCAUGCACCAUAUCCACCGCCUCCGAUCUUCCCUCUUCAUGCUCGCGCACGAUUUGGUAGAGCAGGACCCGGCCGGAGCCGUCACGUGGUAUGCUGUAGGAUUGUGGUAUUUCUCGGGAAGGAGAUGGGGGGAGGCGAGGCGGUAUUUCAGUAAAGCCAACUUGAUUGACUCGCGCUUCGCUCCGGCUUGGAUAGCGUUCGCUCAUUCGUUCGCAUAUGAGGGAGAGCAUGAUCACGCUAUCACCGCCUACUCUACCUCUGCCAGGCUGUUCCAAGGAUCGCACCUGCCAUUACUCUUUAUCGGGAUGGAGCACCUACAACUGUCAGCCACAAGUCUCGCGGAGGAGUACUUCCUGGCCGCUGAGGCUAUUAACGGGACGGAUCCGUUGUUGCUGAAUGAGCUCGGUGUGGUCGCAUACAACAAGGACGACUACCCCUCCGCUAUCAAAUACUUCAAAUCCGCCAUUCGGUCCGCCAAGGAAAUGCAGGGCGUCCCCUCUACCUGGGCCUCGACCCAUGUCAACCUUGGACACGCCUACCGCCUGCUCGGCGACCUCGCCCGGUCCGAAACCUCCUACCUCCAUGCCCUCCGGCUCGAUCCUACCUCACACACCGCCCUCGCCUCCCUCGCGCUCCUCUCGCACAUCCGUACCGACAUCCGUGGCGCUGUACGGCUCUACCACGCUGCGCUCGCUCUUGCGCCGCAGGACCCGAUCGCGACGGUCUUGCUGGAGAUGGCGCUGAAGGAGCAGGUGGAGACGUUGCCGCCAAGGAGUCUGCCGGGUCUGCCCCCGAGUUUGGCAGAUAGGGCGAUGGAUCCGUUUGCGGUCCCGAAGGGGAAUACGGCGUUUGGGGCUGUGCCGGAAGACGAUGAGGAUGGGGUGGGCAAGGAGAUGGCGGUGGCUGUGACGGUGGGGACGGGCGGUAGUGGAGCUGGAUCCGGAAGGAAAGCUGGAGAGGGGGAGGAAGAAGGAUACUCGAUGGAGAUGAGUAUAGAGGAGACGAUGGAGGUCGAAGAGUAG